AUGAAGUCUGCUGCUAUCGUCGCCUUUGCCGCCGCCGCCAUGGUGGCUCCUGCUCUGCUCAGGACGCUGCUUCUCUUGCUGCUCUCCUCCCCAGCUGCGCUCGCCAUUCCCGCCACUGGUUGCACUGCCACUGAUGUUUCCUGCCUUUGCAGCAGCUCGAGCUUCGUCUCUUCUAUCGCUACUUGCACCAAGGGUGCCUGCUCAGCUGAGGACCAGGCCAAGACUGCCGCUGCUACUGCCCAGAUCUGCCCCAACCUUGCUGGAGCUGCUUCUGCCGCUGGUGCUUCGGUUUCCGCCGCCGGCACUUCGGUCUCUUCUUCCUCUGCAGUCUCAAGCGCAUCCAUGAUGGCUUCUUCCUCUGUUGCCUCGGUCAUCUCGAGCGCAGUCUCUUCUGUCAAGGCCUCGCCUGUUGCUCCCAUUGCCACUGCCAGCCAAGCCCCCACUGUCAACCUCACCACCAACGGCACCGUUCCUUCCGCCACUUCUUCGAAGCCUGCCUCGUACACUGGUGCUGCCUCGUCCAUCAGCGCUGGUCUUGGUCUUCUUGCCAUCAUGGGUUUCGCUGCUCUCUGA